CGUGCCGGUAAAUUACCCGGAUGUGAUAGGCCAUGUGCAGUUCCAUCUCAGUACUUGAAUUGCACCAUACCGCUGUCCUUUAGUCCAGUCGUUAGAUCAUUCCGUCUUGCAAACGUGCACGUUGUAGCAGCUACUUCACCUCACAAAGAUGUUUCGUCUACCAACAGUCAUGAGGCAGGUGAGGCCUGUGUGCAGGGCGCUGGCUCCUCACCUCACACGAGCCUACGCUAAGGAUGUAAAGUUUGGCGCUGAUGCUCGUGCCCUCAUGCUGCAGGGAGUGGACCUCCUGGCUGACACUGUGGCUGUCACCAUGGGCCCAAAGGGUCGCACUGUCAUCAUUGAGCAGAGCUGGGGCAGCCCUAAGGUCACCAAGGACGGUGUGACGGUGGCCAAGAGCAUCGAGCUGAAGGACAAGUACAAGAACAUCGGCGCCAGGUUGGUGCAGGAUGUGGCCAACAACACCAACGAGGAGGCCGGUGACGGCACUACCACCGCCACAGUGCUGGCUCGUGCCAUUGCCAAGGAGGGCUUCGACACCAUCAGCAAAGGCGCCAACCCUGUCGAGAUCCGCCGUGGAGUCAUGGCAGCCGUAGACACCAUCAUCAGCGAGCUGAAAAAGCUCUCCAAACCAGUCACAACACCUGAGGAGAUCGCGCAGGUUGCUACAAUCUCAGCCAAUGGAGACGUGGAGAUUGGUAACAUCAUAUCCAAUGCCAUGAAGAGAGUUGGCCGCAAGGGAGUGAUCACUGUCAAGGAUGGGAAGACUCUGCACGAUGAGCUGGAGAUCAUUGAGGGUAUGAAGUUCGACCGCGGUUACAUCUCCCCUUACUUCAUCAACACUGCCAAAGGCCAGAAGUGUGAGUUCCAGGAUGCCUACCUGCUGCUGAGUGAGAAGAAGAUCUCCAGUGUCCAGAGCAUCGUGCCAGCCCUGGAGAUUGCCAAUCAGCACCGCAAACCACUGGUUAUUGUGGCUGAGGAUGUGGACGGAGAGGCCCUCAGCACCUUGGUUCUCAACAGGCUGAAGGUUGGGCUUCAGGUGGUAGCUGUUAAAGCCCCCGGCUUCGGAGACAACAGGAAGAAUCAGCUAAGGGACAUGGCCAUCGCCACCGGAGGCACUGUGUUUGGAGAUGACGCCGUGGGCCUGGCGCUCGAGGACAUCCAGGCUCAUGACUUUGGAAAGGUUGGUGAAGUGCAGAUUACCAAAGAUGACACCUUGCUGCUGAAGGGAGGCGGCAGCCCAGCUGAAGUUGAGAAACGGGCGGCAGAGAUCAUGGAGCAGCUGGAGAGCACCACUAGUGACUAUGAGAAAGAGAAACUCAACGAGAGGCUGGCCAAGCUGUCUGACGGAGUGGCUGUACUCAAGAUCGGAGGAACAAGUGAUGUGGAGGUGAAUGAGAAGAAGGACCGUGUGACAGAUGCUCUGAAUGCCACACGGGCAGCUGUGGAGGAGGGUAUCGUACCAGGUGGAGGCUGCGCCCUGCUGCGCUGCAUCCCAGCACUCGAUACCAUCAAAACUGUCAACGCUGACCAGACGAUCGGUGUGGACAUCAUCAGACGGGCGCUCCGUAUCCCUGCCAUGACCAUCGCUAAGAAUGCAGGUGUAGAGGGUUCGCUAGUAGUGGAGAAGAUCCUGCAGGGACCACCUGAGAUCGGCUACGAUGCCAUGCAGGGAGAGUACGUCAACAUGGUGGAGAAGGGCAUCAUCGACCCCACCAAGGUGGUGAGGACGGCCCUGUUGGACGCUGCAGGAGUAGCGUCCCUGCUGUCCACUGCUGAGGCCGUAGUCACAGAGAUACCCAAGGAGGAGAAGGAGAUGCCAGGAGGCGGCAUGGGAGGCAUGGGCGGCAUGGGAGGCAUGGGAGGCGGCAUGGGUUUCUAAGCCAAUCCUCCUGACUCGCUGUACAGACUAAUAGGCAGAGUGGUGCUGAGGAGCACAACGAGAAACCCUCCCACCUUCACCAAACUCUGCCCACACCGACGGACUGACUGGCCAUGAGUAUGUUGGAGCUGCAAAUGGUUGAUGACCCCCUCCCCUCCCCACUAACUUCACACGAUUCUGCCUCCUUCCUCUUUGUCUGGGUUUCUGGAGGAGCCUGACUCCGUGCCCCUCUGUCCCGUUCACCACGCUAUGGGAGCCCAUCAAGCCCAAUUACACCACAGUCCCCUUCACACCUCUAAUGGCUCUGUUCAAUCAACCAUCAACAUCUGCACAAAACUCAUGUGAAACACUCAACAGAAAGAAGAAUGCUUAUUCAGAUUUACGUACAGAUUUGAUCUCUGUAAGAAGUAGUAAAGUGGUCUAAGAAGAAACUAACAUAGUACACAUAAUGAUGACGCUCUAUUACUGCAAAGAGAGCAGGGCUUGAACGAGAAAAGAUGCCUAGCCAGGAUUGUGUCACUGUCCUUUAUUUUUGUCAUAGUAUUUUGUUAAUUGUUUUGUUUUUUUAUAUAUAUAUACAUCUGUCAUGUUUUGUUUCCCCCAGCUAAUAUAUUAUGUGGGUUAAAAUCUGUCAUUUGAUUUAAUUAAACCGAUUUUUUCUUACAGAGCUUUGAGCGUUUUCUGCGACUUGUCUCUGAAGUGAUAUUACAUUGUAUGUUUGGUGAUGGUGCCACUUGUACAUGACCACAAUUGGAUGAAGAGUGCCUAAAUGACCAGAGUAUCAUCAGGGGCCUGUUUAAAACCAUGUUUAAAUAAUGUUUACUGAGAUGUCUGGCGCUGUGAGGGUUUGUUUUUUUUCUUCUUCUGACCGCCAGCCUUUACGUCGUCGAUGAUCUUCAUAGGGUCAGCUGAAUAUUGAUUUCACAAUAUAUGGCUGAUCGUAUGUGAGCUGGGAGGUGUGGGGCUCAAGUUACAAACCAGUUCGGGCCAUUCAAGGUCUCAGCUACAAAGUCUAAAUGUGAAAUGUGUGUGUCCUUGUGCGGUGAAACAUUGACCUUCAUUUGUGUGACGCGGCUCACACGUCUCCCCUCAUACGCUCUGCUUUAACGACAAGAAAACUCCACACAGUAAUAUUACCGAAAACAAAACACACAGUAGGUGGUGUUUCUACUCCAGGACAUUAUUCCUUUGCAAAAUGGCAAAUAACAGUAAUCAUUCGACUUGUUGUUUUGUACAAUGUGGACAAUGAUUAAUGGUGAUUUUUCUUUUUUAAUUUAAUAAAUUCAAUUGUUCAGA